ACCGUAUGAGAAUGUUAGUUCUCCGUGGUGUAACACAAGAACCCAUUACGUGUGCACGACCCCAGAUUUCAAAACAUUGUUCGCAGAUCACAAACAGAAGAAGUUCAUCAUGGCAAAACUGGAGCAAUUCGACGGGACACAAAGCAAAGUGAAAGAGAAGAAGAACAACAAAAAUCAUGGAUCCACCAAUUUCUUUGUUUUUAUAGAUUACCUUUUCCUCUUCAUUUUUUUCGCCUUCCUCUGCUUCAUUCUCUUCAAGUUGUUCCCUUUCUAGAUUCACGUCUCUUCAUUUGUGUACUAUUUCGCCAAUUAUUUGGUUGAAUUAAUGAGUUAAAUUUCCUCAUUAUAUUUAUUUUGAUGUGCGAUUGGUUUUUUUGUUUGUUUACUUCUCAAUUUACCCAUGAAGUAACAGUCUGAUCUCCAACCAAAAAAGCAACUUUGAUCCAAUUUAUAAUUGCUUUGGAUUGAUUUCAGCUGUAAUUUGCUUAAUGAAAAUCAUGGGUAUUUGAUUUUUGCUCAAAAUAGUCACAACUUGUUGAAAUUGUAUAAGCAAACAUGCAUUUGGGUUCAAUGUAGUGGGUAUUUGCUAGGUGUUUGAUAAAAUGUCGAACUGGGAAACUUUGAAUGGGUUUGGGAAUGUUGCCCAAUUAGCUGGUGUGAAUGCGGUAGGGUUAAUUGGGUUAAUAGCAGAAGCAGCAAAUAGGGCUAGAUUGCACAAGAAGAAUUGCAAGAAGUUUGCUCAUCAUUUGAAGUUAAUAGGAAAUUUGUUGGAGCAGCUUAAGAUAACUGAGCUGAAAAAAUACCCUGAAACUAGAGAACCACUUGAGCAAUUGGAGGAUGCAUUGAAAAGGUCUUAUUUGUUGGUUCAUAGUUGUCAGGAUAAAAGUUAUCUUUAUCUCUUGGCAAUGGGGUGGAGCAUUGUGAACCAGUUUAAGCGCGCUCAAGAUGAGAUCGAUCGCUAUUUGAGGAUUAUGCCUUUGCUAACUCUUGUUACCAAUGCUCGCUUCAAGGAAAGAUUAGAACGUAUUCAGAGGGAUCAAUAUGACUAUACAUUAGAGGAGGAUGACAGAAAGUUGCAAACUGCAAUUCUGAAUCAGAAACCAUCACUAGCUGAUACUGUGCUGCUUAAGAAGACCCUUUCUUGUUCUUAUCCAAGCAUGCGAUUUGAACAAGCCCUUCUAGAAGAAAACGAGAAGCUUCAGAUGGAGCUACAGCGGUCUCAGUCUUCUAUGGAUCUCCAACAAUGUCAAGUGAUUGAGCACUUGAUUGAGGUAACUGAAGCUGCCUCUAGGCACUCGAGGAAUCUGGAAGCAAGCUAUUCAAAAUCGCAUGAUGUAAAAGCAUUGUCUGGUGUUGAGAGCUGCCACAAGAGUGUUGGUGCUAUAUCUACCUUUAGGAAGACAUCCAUACCAUCGGCAGAGCAUGAUGUGCAGUAUGCUAGGGGAUCAGAAGAUAUGGAGGAAUGGCACACUGACCUGCUUGACUGUUUUUCAGAACCCAAGCUGUGUGCUAAAACAUUUUUCUUCCCUUGUGGUACAUUCUCAAGGAUUGCAUCAGUGGCAACCAACAGGCACAUGUCUUCAGGAGACGCAUGCAAUGAAUUAGCAGCAUACUCAUUGGUACUGUCAUGUUGUUGUUACACUUGUUGUGUUAGAAGAAAGCUUCGCAACAUGCUCAAUGUCAAGGGAGGCUCGUGUGACGAUUUUCUAUCACAUUUACUAUGCUGCUGCUGUUCUCUUGUCCAAGAAUGGCGAGAAGUGGAAGCCCGUGGAGUAAAAGUUCCCAUGAAGACCAUGACAAGCCCACCUUCAGCACAGCAGAUGGACUUUUGAAUCCAUGCUUGUUACAAGUCAAUCUUAAUGAAAACAGGACUCUAGAUGUCCUCUGUUGAGAGUAUUUACGGCCCCAACUAGAAAUGUUUCUGUAUGCACUCAGUAGAAAGUAUGGAUGUUAUUGGGUAGUGUUAUGUAUAUAUAUAGUAGAGGAAACAUAGAACCGUUUUAUUCUGAUACAUCUGAAUUCCUCUCUUAAUUGGAAGACCCUGAUGUUUCCAGGUAAUUAAAACUAGAUUAUUCAUAUGUGAUUUUGGGUUAAUUACAACUUAAUGAAAGACCCUGAUGUUUUCUUUGCAA